UGUCCUCCACAGACAACCAAACCACCACAAUUAAUUAUCCAUGGCUUCUCUCUUCUCCACCACUUAUGCUUCCCUUUCCUACGGUGGACGUGGACCCGCCGCCUCGAAGCCACCGCGGCGCAUGGUGGCGGUAAGGGCGGAAGCCAUCAACCCGGACAUCCGUAAGACGGAGGAGAAAGUGGUGGAUUCAGUGCUUCUCCCCGAAAUCUCCAAGCCUGUCACUGCUUACUGCAGGUGUUGGAGGUCGGGGACGUUUCCUUUGUGUGACGGGAGUCAUUUGAAGCACAACAAGGCCACCGGAGAUAAUGUCGGCCCGUUGCUCUUGAAGCUCAAGUGAUAAUCCUCAGUCCUUUGAAUUGUUUUUCUUGUUUGUGAGUUAAAGCAACAGAGUUUUUCCCCAUUCUAUUGUUUCAAUGUUGAUUCUCACAAAUUUGAGUAUUUUGUGUAAGAAAAACUCACAUAUGGUAUGGAUGAUGAUUGUGAAAUGAGGUUUAGUGUUA